CUGUCAAGUGGCCGGUGAGUGGGAACACAGUGCGCAUGCGCAAAGAAGGAUGUUUCAUGUCUGAUGCCGGGUGGAGCUGAUUGGGCUGAUUCUGGCUGAUUGGCUCGUAACGUUAGUUGGCAGAAGUUAGUAUGUCUUCAAAGAAGAUAACAUUACUAAUUACAGUCAUCAUGAAAGAUAUGAGAAUUAUCUUUGACAGCACAAAUGUUGAAAGUUUGCCUUUUGAAGAAAAACUUCAGAUAAAGUGCUCACUAGCCUAUUGUGGUAUAUUGUUAUAUAAACCAAACCUCUGGUAAAAAAAAUAAUGAAUUUAACCAUUUUGCUUCCGACGUGGCCUUCUGGAUCUCAAGCAUCUUCCUGAGAGGAUUAACCAAACAUGAGAGCAGCCGGACAACGUGGUAAGAUUGGACUUGCUUGGCAGAGCAGAAACAGUUAUCCCACUUUGACAGCCUGCAUACAAACAAACGGGGGAUUGAGCAACUGUUAACGGCAAAGGAGACUGCAGCCUCCUAACAGCGCGACGGUCUGCAGACAAACUGAGUGUUUUAAUUCAACAGCAGAGACGACAUUAUGUCGGAGGAGCAAACACAGCGUUUUAUAAAGACUGGUCAAAGUCCAGCAUGUGGAUCUGUGGGGUCGGCGUGGGGGUUGCUGUAGCUGUCGGACUGAAACACCGAGCUGACACUAACUGUGAUGAUAAAGUGAGAGAAGCACGGAGGACUGAUCGAUACAGAGAUGCAAUACAAGUUAGCAGAGACCUCGUGCAGCGGAUACAGGUGAGCAUUGAGGCUGAGGUCGGGGCUCCAGGAGUGGUGGUAGGGGUCUCUGUGGAUGGAGCUCAAGUCUGGAGUGAAGGGAUCGGUUAUGCUGAUUUGGAGAAUCGUGUGCCAUGCAGCCCAGCAACAGUGAUGCGAAUCGCCAGCAUCAGUAAGCCCCUUACAUCUGCAGCUGCUGCACGACUGUGUGAGGAGGGGAAACUAGAACUUGAUGUCCCUGUCCAGAAAUAUGUCCCAGAAUUUCCCCAGAAACAAUUUGAUGGACAGGAUGUCACAAUAACCCCUCGUAUGCUUCUGUCCCACCUGAGCGGUAUACGGCAUUAUGAGAAGGAUGCAAAGAAAGUGAAGGAGGACAAGGAGAAAGCUAAGCGUCUCUUAAAGCCAGAAAAGAAAGAGGAUGUAAAGAGCUCGUCUGAAAACAAAGAUAAACCUGCAACAGAACAGAACGCCAAAGACAAAGAAGCCACUCAGACUCAGAAGAAAAAAGAGUUUGAGCACGAGGAGUACUACUUAAAGGACAAUUUUGAAAGUGUCAUUCAGGCGUUGGACCUCUUUAAGGAUGACCCACUCAUUUUCAAACCUGACACCACUUUUCUGUACUCCACCCUCGCCUUUACCCUGCUGAGUGCUGCUGUGGAGCGAGCUGCUGGACAGCGCUUCCUGGAUGUCAUGACCAACAUGUUCCAUGAGCUGGGAAUGCUUAAUACUGUGCCCGAUGAGAACGACCCGAUUAUUUACCGCCGCUCCAGAUUUUACCAUCUCAACAAGAGAGGACGUGUUGUGAACUGCCCAUACGUAGACAACUCCUACAAGUGGGCAGGAGGCGGCUUCCUCUCCACCGUGGGUGACCUGCUGCUGUUCGGUAACGCUCUGCUCUACAGCUACCAGGUGGCCCACCUGAAGGACACUGAGGGCUUGCUCCCUGGCUUCCUCAAACCCCAAACUGCCAUAGAUCUGUGGGCACCAGUUAACAGGACAGAGGCUAGCUGGGAUAAGGAUGGACUGUAUGCCCAAGCCUGGCUGGUAGUGGAGAAACUACAGAAGUAUGGCCAGUGCAGGAAGCGCAGACACUACGUGUCGCACACAGGAGGCGCUGUGGGGGCUAGCAGUGUCCUCCUGGUGUUACCCAGUGAGGAGAUAGACGAGUGCCAAAGACAGACCCCUCUCCUCCCACAGGGAGUGGUGGUCACCAUCAUCACUAACAUGCAGUCAGUGGGACUCAACAGCACAGCACUGAAAAUUGCACAUGAGUUUGACAAAGCCAGAAGCAUGUAAGAGUAAGUUGUUUACAGAAAAGUGUGAGUUUAUAUUUUACUGAGAAGUAUUCCAGAUUAACCUUCUUUGACAUUUUUAUAAUGCUUUUAAAUGAGUCCAUAGGAAAUUAAAUAAAUCUUAAACAUGUAUUUUUUCUAUACCAUUUUAAUUAAAGUAAACUCUACUUACUUUCCACUACAAGACUUGGCCACUAGGUGGAAGCAACUACAUCUCUAAAACUAAAAGAAGCCACUGACUUGUGGUAUCUGUUUGUUGGCUUAAUACAGAAGUUCAUACAUCUCUACCUUUUUAAAAGCUAACACAACAACAUUUUAAUAUAUGUAAUAUGCAUUAUUGUGCAUUUGAGAGAAAUAAAAACAUG